AGAAGUGAUCUGAAUUCUUUGAAUAAAAAAGAAAAAAAAUUGAGCUCGUAAAGAGAUGUGAGAAAACGUUAAUUUCAAGAUGUUCAAGAUGUAGGCGAGCUUCACAUUAGAAAGAGGAUACUCGCAUGGAAAUUAAAUACAUUUCUAUAAUAUCAGGUUUCGCGUACGAUCUUCACUGAAACAUCAUCUACAGGAAGUUUGUAUAGUCGCUGAGAGAACACACUAAUCUGGAAUUCAACUUUCCAAGAGGAAAACGAGAGAUAAAUAAUAAUAACUACAUACCUUGUAAAUGUACAGUGAGAUCAAGAGCCAUGUGAAAUUGGAAGUGACAUUUUCAAAAUAUUCAACAAUUCAAAAAUAGUAAAAAAUAAUUUUUAAAAAAUGUGAUUUCAAUAUUUAAAAGUGAAUUUAUUAAAAUUUCAUCAUUUUUCUUCAAGAAAAAAAGAAAAAACAACUUUUUUCUUCACUUUCAAAAACCAAUUUUCAAAAAGUGAUUUCUUGUUUUCCCCCCCCCCCCAAAAAAAAUCAGAACACUAAAUAUAUUUUCUAAUUCGUAGAUCAAUUAUAAUAUUUAAUAAUUUUUUUUCCAAUAAAUAAAUGGAGCACAGCUAGAAUUGCAGGUCGUGGUUCAAAAAAAAAAAAAAAAGAAAAAUAGAACACCAAAUUAUCAUUUGGUUUCGGUGAUGAAAAAAAAAUUGAAAAAAAGUUCUCUUCAAUAGAAGAAAGUGAACAGAAAUUUGGAAGAACUAUAUAUCUCUCUCUGACAAGAUAAUAAUAAUUCGAGCGUGUCAGCAUGAAAAUAAAAUGUUUAAAGGUGCCAAGACCUUUCUAGCCUUCAUUUCUAUUGUCUGCAAGUUACACACCGUGUGAACAGAAGCUGGAAAUUUUUGAAUCAAAGUGGUUUUUUUUUUAAACUAAUAAUGAUAAAAUUAUUAAUUUGACUAUAAUAAUAAUAAUAAUUUGGUGAUGAAAAAUAUUUGAAUAAUAUUGAAAUAUUAAUCGUUGAGAGAAAUAUAUACUAAUAUUAUUGGAAUUCCUAUUUUGGCUUACAAAAAUAAAAGCUUUUUUGUGAAACUUUAUAUUUUUUGAGAACGCUUUCUUGGGAUUCAAUGAUUAAUAAAAUUGCAGAAAGAAAGGGAAUUAAAGAAAAACCUGUUGACUUGUGACAAUGCUAUAUUAGAUUUGAUGCUCCAGGAAAUGACAAAGAAAUGACGUGAACAAGUGAAUUUGAUAUAAAAGAAAAGAAAUUGUACACAAGAUUUCUUAUUAAACUUUUUUCUUUUCAUUUAAAUGAAAAGGAAUUUACCACUGAAACUAAUUUAUUUCGCAGAUGCUUGACAGUAUAUAUAUAUAUAUAUAUAUGAAAAACAAUGACGGAAGGAAAGAAGUCGCAUAGGAAUUUGAAGAUACCGUAUAGAAUAAUCGAUGAUCUUUCUUGCAAGUCAUCAGUCUCAGGUGUUGCUGACGAAGAAAUUCAAACUCGUUAUAAAUGAAAACGGGUGAAAAUGCGGUUAAAGCUGUUAAAGCUCGUUACAUGCCUGCUUCUUGCAGGAUCAGGUGAAUCCAGGCCUCAAAAUUCCGCUCCAUAUGAAGGAAGAGCGGAUUUAAAUGGAAAUGGUUGGAAACCAAUUCCAAUAGGAAAUGAGGAUGUUUCUCAAACUUUUCUAAGCAAUAGCAGGUACAUAGGGAAUGGAAGAAAUAAUAGAUUAAUUUAUCAUAAUUAUAACUAUAAUAAUAUACCAAGUUUAAAUUUAAGUCCAACUAUAAAAUUAAAUUAUUCCACAUCUGGUAUGGGUCGUACAUUCAAUGAAAAUUUCUACAAUAAUUAUCAAUUAGAAAAUGAAUGGAUAGGUAAAACUUAUCCACAACGGCGAAAUGAUGAUAAAAGUGAAAAAUUGCAAAUUCACAAUUCCAGGGAAAUUAGUCAUUUUGGAAAAAAUAUAAUACACGAGGUGAGUAGCAAGGUUAUUCCAAUUCCAAUUUCCAGUCACGUUUCACAGGACAACUUUUCAAUACAACCAAGAAAUCAAGGUCAACGAAAGAUUAUCGAACCUGAUAGAAACUUAGUAUUCGAGGGGAGAAAAAUUUCUUCUAGAAAUCGGAAUUACGUGAAGAUCAUACCUUAUAAUCACAUCCCAAAUCGUAGUAAUACCAAGGAUAAAAUUAAAACAACAAAUAAAAAUUUCAAAAAUUCCACAAAAACUCUCAAAGACAAGGUAAAUGUCGUGAAAGCGAAUAUAAAUUCCCAAAUAAAAACUGAGAAUUCACCAAAUAAUAAAUUUCAACAUGUUAGACCCCCAAAUCUUGUGACAAAAGAACAUUUUAUGCAAAAUUCACACAAUGUCAUAACUCCAAGACCAAAUUCCAAAGUGGCUGCAAAUCUUCCUUCAAAAACCUGGUCUACCGAUGUUGCGUCAAAUAUGCAAGAUCUUUACAAUUCUGAAAAAUAUUUCCCCUCACAGGAAAUAAAGACAAAACAUCAUCAACAAAUUCCCAUUCAUUCAUCAAUGGAGGAAAUGAUUCAAUGGCUGAGAAUUCCCGCUUUUUCAACUAACAAAAGCCACAUGAUUGAUGAACAAUCAGGAAAGCCAAUAAGUAAUACUUUCGAGCCAAUCUACGAGGAUCUCGAACCCAACACACCACUUAGACCAAUCGAUGAAUCAUCCACUGAAGAUAAAAUUGAUGAAUUUCAAAAGCCGCAGUAUUAUUUUUCAUCGCCUCAACUCGAUUCAAUGAUUAACAGUCUUCAAGAUCCUUCAUUAACACGACAACCUGUUUAUAAACCAACUACUCAAGUUGUUCAGGACACUGUCGUUCAUAUUAUGAAUCCCGGUUCAAAGAAACCAAAUGUCACUAUUACAGGUUCGAAGAAACCACCGAAUAAAAUUUCCGAAACUAAUAACACUUCUGGUUCACCGCCAAAUGUUCAUAUAAUGUUCAUGAGUGACGAAAAUCCCACAAAUAAUUCCCAAUCUUCGUCUAUCGUAAGGGACGAUUGUCCGACAAUUCUAAUAAAUUCCAUUACCAAAGUGAACAAUAAAAUCGAAAGUAAAGAAGGAUGUACUGAUUUAAAUAUUGUCAUUAAUUCUCAUAUUUUGAAUACAAAUGUAUUUACCAGUCCUUCAUCUAGCUCAAUUGGAUCAAUACAACCUGAUCCUCUUCUUUAUACCAGCGAUUCAUCAUUUCAAACUGCUCCCACAAAUGAUCCAUUCUAUCAAAGUGAACCAACGACAAAUUUUGAUUCAUACACACAAAAUUAUUAUUCCUCAUCUCAGAUUGAUUCUCAUCAACAGUUGAAAAUUCAAGCGCCACAGGUGACAACAAAUCCGGAAAAUUCUGUUGAAAUAAUUUCGGGAACAAAAAUUAAUAUCGGUUCACCACCAUCUUUCGAUACAACCGCAAAUGUUUCUUCUGAUACAAUUUCCGAUUUAUUUUCUAAUACAGCUUCUGAUAUAUUUUCUGAGACAGCAUCUGAUACAGUUUCCAAUAUGUCUGAUACAAAUUUCGAGGAUGCUGACGGACCACCCAAGGACGAGGGUCCAAUUGAAGAUAUUCCCGAAGUUGAAGAAUCAGUAUCAGAGGCUGUUAACGAUGCAGCAACAUCAAUUGCAACAACAACAGUAAAUGAUAAUUCAACAUUAUAUUCUGACGAGAAUUCAACAAGUUUUUUCAGUAAUUCGUCAGGUGUUACUGAAAUGGGUUUAACAUCAUCAGGCAUUGAAACUGGACCUGGUCAAGCUAAUGAUGGAUCAUCGGGAGCGAGUUUCACUGGUCCACGACCAAGUAUUCCAAAUUUAUCGGCAUUGACAAAUAUGGCCGGAGCUGCUAGUCAGUUAUCAAAUGCUGAUGCUUUAGGUUCGGCGCCUAAUGCACCGCCUGGUGGUGGAGGAGCAGCUGCCAUUUCUGCCGCUGCUGAUUACGAUGAGGACGAUGAUGAUGAUGAUUAUUUUGAUUAUGAUGAUUUUGAUAUAUCACCCUAUGGUAUGAUGGAUUCGAUGACAUCAUUAUUUUCAUCAUUCAGUUAUUUGAAUCCAUUGAAUUAUGGUCUAAUGAAUGUGAGUAUUGCGCCAUUUGCUGCAUUCGCUGCGGGUGUUCUAGGUGUGGCGGCGUUUUUAUUCCCCUGGGCAUUUCCCGGUGCUCUAGACCUUGGCAGAUCGUCUGAUCGAGUUGAUGUUAGAUUUACACCAGGCCUCGAGGAAAUAGUUAAACAAGCCAUUCGCAAGUAUAGAAAUUGGAACGAAUGGAAAAAUCUUCAACAUAUGGACCAAUCAUUGAGGACAGUGGCCACACAAUUAUUAAAUGUCACAAAUCCAAAGGAAAUUUUACAAGAUGACAAAAAACAACAACCAUCCAAUGAUAUUUUGACAAAACUUAUUUUCGUCGAAUCAUCAGAGAAAGAUGCCGAAGAAAUACAAGAUUCAUCCGUAGUGGUGAAAACAAUUGAUUCUCUAAAUUUUGAAAAAAAUUCCACUAAACAUAUUUCCCAAGAAAGACCAAUUAAUUCAAAAUUUGGAUUUCUCGAAAGCAGUCAUCCCGGUGAAGCAAUGGCAUUGACAGAAGAGGAAUUAGAAAAAGAAUUAAAUUCCAUGAGACAUCCAAUUCAUAAAGUUCAACCAACAACAACAGGUGGAAUUUCAACAUGGAUUCUUUUAAAUCCACCUUCAGCAACAACAGAUCUUCCACUUGAUGACGAAGAAAAAACCAAAUAUCCUCCAUCUAAUGAAGGUCAAUUUAUCGUUAAAACAACGUCAACAAUUCAAAAAGUUGAAUCCACUGAUCAAAAAAAAGCAACAGCAUCUGUUGAGAAAGUUACCACUACCCAAACACCAAUUUCAUUCGAAAAAAUAUAUACACAAGUUCCCAAAAAAUCAACGCCCAAUCUCAUUAGAAAAUCAACAACUCCAUCAACACUCAAACUAGAGAAAUUGAUGAUUAAAACGGAAAAAGUAACUCAACAGUCGGAAAAAUUAACUGCAAAUUCAGAAAAAACGACUCAAAUUAAAAAAAUCGAGAAACAAUCAACAACACCUAAAACUACAACAACAAAAUCAAUUAGCGAAGUAAAAGAAACAAAUUCAAUUUCUCCAGACAAUUCUGAAAUAAUAACAGCAGCAACAACUCCAAAAUCGGUAAUAACAAAAAAAAUCCCAUCCACAAUUCGAACAACAGCUAAACCCAAAACAGCAAAUCAGAACAAUAAAAAUUUAACCCAAGCUAAAAAUACAACCACCAAGGCUCCUAAACCUCAAAAUAAACCAAAACCUACUCCUCAGAGAAAGACAACAACAAUUAAACCCGAGACACACAAUUCUCCAACACCAAAAAUUGAAAAAGUAACAUUCAAACCCGUUCAAAUGAUUGCAAGUCAUUCGGAUAUAACAGAAGUACCAAUGUUUAUCACCAAAAUAAAAGCCUCGGUAUACACCGAAACGAAAAAAACACCACCACCAGAAUUAUCAACACCAAAACCAACGACAAAAUUGACAACAAAAUCCAGUGCAAUUAAAGAGGAACCAAUUAAAUUCAAACCAUCCGGUAAUAAAGUCAAUAAUGUUCUACAGGUGAAAUUAAAAAAACCAAUGGACGACAUGACAAAAAUUGAGAUUGAACCCAUCAAAGUAAAUGCACCAGUUUUGAAAAUCGAAAAAGUCGAUAGUUCCAAAAAGAAUUCAAAAAUUGAUCACAAAAAGAUAGAACAUUCCAAAAAUGAACAUCAGGAAAUUUUGAAUAAUUCCAAAAUUGAUUUUAAUUCCGAAUUAACGAAGAUAAAUAUCGAUACACAAAAACCAUCCUCAACAACAACAACAACAACGACAGUCAAACCAACAUCAAAACGAAGACAAUCGUCCAAGCGAAAGAAGAACAAAAAUAGAAGACGUAAACCCACAAUAACAACCGAAAGUACAGAUACAGCAUUAUCGGCCCUCUCCACAAUUGCUGAAGUAUUAAAUAUUGCUGAAUCAUCAAGUGCCGAGAAUGCAAUUCAAGAAUCGAAAAUUGAGCCCGAGACUAAAGUAACCAACAGUACAAAAACAAAAAAGAAACAAGUACAAAAGCCAAUUAGUACACAGAUUUACAAUUUUUUGAGUCGAGAAGUAAUGCCAAGCUUUGGUGUAAUGUCACUUGUUGGUUUAGGUCUGGGACUUGCGUCCUAUUUCCUUUAUCCCUUCGGUGGUUCAAUUGCACGUCGAAAUUAUGAAUUGGAACCAAAUUACAAAUACAAUCUUGACGAAUAUGGUGGUAAUUAUGGACAAAAUGAGGAGGAAGUUUUUUCAAAAGUACUGCAAGGAAUGACGAAGCAUGACAAUAAAUAUCAAACUACCAAUAACAAUAAUAAUAAUAAUAAUAAUAAUAAUAAAGAUUAUGAGAAUAAUUACUACAAAUAUCAUCAUUAUGAUACAACAACUAGAAAAACAGAACAAAAACAAACAACAUCAUCGGGACCAAUUUAUCGACCAGUGGUGGAAAAUUCCUAUGAUGUGAAUUAUAGAAAUACGGAAUUUAAAUAUCCUGAUUUACCAACAACACCAAAUUAUUAUGAACGACAGAAACAAUCUGAUUUUACCAUUGGUAAGGAAGGUAAUAAAAAUCGACAAUUUGUUGUGGGUAAUAUACCGAAAGAAUAUAGUUCAGAGGAAAAGGAAUCUUCUUUAUCGAUAGCAAGUAAGAGAGCCGAUUAUGAGAAUGAAGGUCCCAGUAAAUUUGAACGUGAAAUGGCACAAAAUUUUAAUUUUCCAAAAAAUUCCGUCAAUAUACCACAAGCUUACACGCAGGUUGAGCCACAUCGUAAAAAUGAUGAUGUUUAUGAAGAAAUUGAAAUUACACCCACAGCCGUUGCUGUUGAACAUGGACCAAGAUUAUUGAGGGUAAGAAGAUCGAAUUUUUUAAAAAACAAAAGAGAUUCUGUUAUACAAUUAAUUCCAUCAAAAAGUGAAAUUGAAAAAGAACAUCAAGAAGAGGAGGUGCCGUUGAGUAAUGAAAUUUUUGAUAUCAUUGAUUCUGCAAUACCGGUUAAUGAGGAUGAUUUAAAAAAAGAAGUCGCCAAAGAAAAAAUGAAGGAGAAAAUGAAAGACGAUGAUAUUAAAAAGAAACUCGAGGAUGAGAAAAAUUUUAUACAAAAUGAAAUUAUACAUUCUGAAAGUACAACAAAAAUGACUUCUUUGCCAACUGUGAAAUAUUUAACGACAUCAACGGGUAAAAUUGAAACAAGUAAAAGUGAAGCGACAACUUUUAAUUCAAAAACUAAAAAUUCCACUCAUUUUAAAAAUGAAGAUACAACCACGGAAGAUUGGUUUAAUAAUGAUGAGGUAAUUACCACCGAGAAAUCAAAAACCCCGGAGAAUGAGGGAUUUAGUAUUUUUUCCAUUGUAAAGAAAAUUGCGGAAAUUAAAAUUAAAUUGGGUUUGACACUAUUGAAACAUGCCAGUGAAGGAUUUGCGAGAUAUUUAGGGCAUGUGCAAAAAAAAUUUAAUGGCGAAGAAUAAUUGUCAUAUAAAUUAUUUUUUUAGAUUAUUGUCAAUGCGUAUAAAAUACAUGUUGCCCUUAUAAGAAUUUAUAAUAGGAAAUUUUUAAUAGAAGUCUUGAUUACGGUAGAAAAUAAAUUAAUAUAAAAUACAGAAGAACUUUAAUUAGAUAUACGUGUAAAUUUGUUUAUUGAAUUCAGUGCCAAUAACUGUGCCAUUCCAGGAGUUUUUUAAAAUCAUUUUUUGGAGCAACCUCACCAAUUUAAAUAAAUUUUUUUGUAUUAUUAAUUAUUAUAUUAAAAAAUUUAUUGAUUUAUAGGUCUAAAGAACCAUUCAUUGUUUAUUUAAAAGAUACAACAAAAAAUAUUGAACAAAAACCACUUUCGACCGACUGAACUUAAGGCCAGGUUUAAGUGAGGCAGCGCCAUCUACAUUGAUACUAAAAUUUUGGAAAAUUUUCAACAGCCUUUUCUUGAAAACAAGAUGGUAAAAUGCUUUUUCCUUUAUGGAUAAUUGAUUAUUGGCAAGAUAUACACCAGCUAAAACUUUUUUUGAGUUAAAAUAAUAAAAAAUAUUUCAUUUCAAUAAAUUAAAUAUGAGCACUUUUUUCACAAAAACUGUAACAGUACUUUCUCAGAAAUUACAAUCAAAAAUGCAAUUUCCAUUUGGAAAAUUAAUAAACGCUAAAAAAUACACGACCUAAGAUUUACCAAUCACGAAAAUAACAAAAAAAAAAUUUUAUUAAAUAUUUAACAUAUUGAUACUGCUUUACUGAUUGUGAUAGCCCUUUGGUAGAUUAUGUAUUUCAGGUGGUU